AUGGACGGCAUGGACGAUGAUCCCGCCUCUGCACUAACAGUGGUAACCGUUCCAGAGGACUCACACGAUCAGCCACCGACUUCGAGCGAACACACGAGUCUGAAAUACCACCUACUUGGUCCAUCCCUCACCAAAUCUGGCCAGGAUGGCGUGGAUCAGAAGAAGGUGUCGGAGAUCAUCUACAACGCGAGCAAGGGAUCCAAGUACUUCAACAAUGAAGAGACCAAGGACAAGACGCUCACUGUCAAGAUCAACAGCAUCUUGGCCAAGAAACGCGAAUUGGAGCGAGUAGAGGCGCAAGGCGGGUUGAAGAAGGAGCUGAAAAAGGCGGACGACUACAUUGCGAAAUUGGAGUAUGAACGCGAUCUCAGCCAGGCCAUCGUGCACAUAGACUGUGACGCUUUCUACGCUGCAGUGGAAGAGCUAGACAAUCCCGAGUUGAAGAAUGUGCCUUUCGCAGUUGGCAAAGGCGUGCUCACAACAUGUAACUACGAGGCAAGAAAGUUUGGCUGUAGAAGCGGUAUGGCAGGCUUCGUGGCCGACAAGCUAUGUCCACAGCUCAUUCAUGUUCCUCUGAACUUUGAGAAAUACACAGCGAAAGCGAAGGAAGUGCGUGCUGUUCUGGAGCAGUAUGACCCACGAUUCGAGAGCGCGUCGAUCGACGAGGCAUAUCUGAAUGUCACGGAAUAUUGCAAAGAACACAAUAUGGACCCCGAAGACGCUGUCAGUCAGAUGCGACAGCAGGUUCAUCAAGAGACGAAGAUCACGAUCUCAGCGGGCAUUGCAGCUAACGCGAAAUUGGCGAAGAUAUGCUCGAACAAGAACAAGCCGAAUGGACAGUUCAAGCUGCCUUCAGAGAGGACCACUAUUCUCAACUUCAUGCGGGACCUUCCAACGCGGAAAGUGAACGGCAUCGGACGUGUGUUGGAACGAGAGUUGGACGCGAUCGGGAUCAAGACAUGCGGUGACAUAUACCCUCGGCGCCACUACAUUAAUCGAUUGUUCGGUGAGAAGACGUUUGAGUUCUUGAUGGGCGUGUAUCUUGGUCUAGGGCGAACAGAUGUUAGGCCGGCAGAAGAGCACGAGAGGAAGAGCGUGGGAACGGAAAGCACAUUCCACGACAUGUCGGAUCCACAAGAGCUACGUGACAAACUCAGACAUACCGCAGAAUCCUUGGAGGAAGACCUACAACGGACCGAGUUCAAAGGCCGAACUCUGUGUUUGAAGAUCAAACUGCACACUUACGAAGUCUUUACGCGGCAAGUACAGCCUCCUAAAGCAGUGUACACAGCGGAUGACCUGUACAACUACAGUCUACCAAUGCUGCAGAAGCUCGAAAAGGAGAUGCCGGGUAUGAAGCUGCGAUUGAUGGGGCUGCGGUGUACACAUCUCGUGUCGAUGAAGAAAGGCGACGUCGACUUUUUCGGGCGGGCGCGACAGGCUAAUACGUUCAAAGCAUCUGAGAACAACACCCCAGAAGUGGAGCUCGACGAGGACGGUUGGCAAAAGUGGCCGGACACUGAAUUCGAGGACGCGGCUCGUGAGGAGCGUCAGCAGGAGAUGCACGAAUUAGAACAGCUCUCACAGGAGUACGAGAAGAACGCACUGAAAGACAAACCACCGGAUGCGAGUGACGCGAAGACCUUCCUGCAAUCCAAAGGCAUCGGCGUGGGAAAUGACUAUACCCGCUACGGGAACGGCUUCGCCUGGCGUGCUCUUCUGGAGGAUGAGGCAAAGAAGGAAGCAGAAGCAAGUCCGCCCAAGAAACCUAUCGAGCAGUGGGACUGUCCGAUUUGCUCGUUGCCCCAAGCUGCAGACGAGCGAAAGUUCAAUGAGCAUAUUGACGGAUGUCUUUCGAGGCAGACGAUCAAGGAGAUUGUGAAAGACCCUGCAAGCCCGAGCCGAGAGCCGGACAAGAAGCCAUUGCAUCCUUUGUUGCAGGCGAGCACCUCGAAGAAGAAGAGAGGGAGGCCGCCGGGCUUGGCGAAGGGUGAGAGUAGUGGUGAGAAGAGAUCGAAGACUUCGUUUUUUGGCUGAACGUGGGGUGAUGAAUCGAAUGACUUACGAGCAGCAUGACUUACAGGAUUACCGCUGGCGACGGUGAACAAUAGUAGUACUUCCCAGGUGAGCGAGU